AUGAAUUCUGUGAGCGUAAAGGGUCAGCAAGCGGCAUCGACCGUAGCGACCAGACGACCACAGUCGAAGCAUAUCCCGAGGCAUGCUAUGGCGUGGUCAAAGCGAUUGAGUGAGAUAGUGGAGUGCUUGGAGAAGGAGCGGACACCAGAAUGGCAGAUCGGCCUGGUCAUACAGGAUGUCUUCAAGAAGGGUGUUAGUUCGCCCUCGGCCAUAAAUCGCGUCCCUCAAGGAGUGCGGGAUGCCCUCCAAGCUCGCCUAGGGGAAAGCUUGUCACCGCUACGAGUUCUAGAACAGGGAUCUGCCGACUUCGCUCACAAAUUCCUGUUGGAGAGUCGACAGGAUGGGGGCAAGAUCGAGGCAGUAGGGUUGGACUUCCGCUCGCAUACGAGUCUAUGUGUAUCCAGCCAAAUAGGUUGUGCCUUCAACUGCAGUUUCUGUGCUACGGGCAAGUUGGGAUUGAAAAGGCAGCUCAGCGUGGACGAGAUUGUUGGACAAGUUCUCAUGUUCCGAGCCACUGGAAAUGUCGUUGAUUCGGUAUCAUUCAUGGGUAUGGGAGAGCCAUUGGCCAACCCUAAGAUAUUCAAUGCUAUCUCUGUCAUGACUGAUCCCCAGCUCGUGGGGUUGUCGACGAGACGAAUGAGUAUAUCUACGAUUGGAAUCAUACCCGGCUUGGUGAAAUUGACAGAAUUGCAUCCCCAGGCGAAUGUGGCCUAUUCUUUGCAUAGUCCCUUCCCAGAAGAGCGAGAGAAGAUUAUGCCUAUUCAGAGGGUCUACCCUUUCGCCAAGGUGUUCGACGUUCUAGAUGAUCGUAUUAAGAGGACUGGCAGGCGGAUAUGGAUAUCGUACUUGCUCUUGAAGGGUAUCAACGAUAGUGAACGAUAUGCGACCUAUGAAGCUAAGAAUGCUCUAAAGAGGAAGCCUGCUUAG